GGUCUGAGACCAAGAGAUCGCCGUCCUAUUCGAGCGGUCUGAGACCAAGAGAAUAGAAUAAAGGAAGCUAGCGACGGAUGUGGCUCUUUUUAUCCCUCUUUUUUAAAUAUCCUUUCCGUGAUUUCCCGGUGCUCUCCACCAAAGCCAAACCCUAGGGUUUUUUGUACGUUCUCUUCAGAUUCCAGAUCUCCGGUGCUCACGUCCGAGCUCUGGAAAUGGCGUUCUGGUGGCCAUUACUCGUCCUCGGGUUCGCCUUCGCGGUCUGCCGCUUCUUGCUCAUUCUUAUCCCCCCCAGCGUCCCCUCCAUCGAAGUCGACGCCUCUGAUGUGUUGGAAGAUGGGAGCCAGACCAAGGAGAACAGCUACAUUUAUAUUCCACGGAAGGGGAAAAUGGCACAGACUGACAAGGUUCAGUGCUAUGAGCCGGCGACGAUGAAGUACCUUGGAUAUUUUCCAGCACUGACACCUGAUGAGGUUAAUGAGCAUGUGGCACAAGCGAGGAAAGCUCAAAAGAUAUGGGUAAAGAGUAGCUUCAGGCAAAGACGUCAAUUUCUGCGAAUCCUUCUGAAAUACAUCAUUGAACACCAGGAGCUUAUAUGCGAGAUAUCUUCUCGGGAUACAGGAAAAACAAUGGUGGAUGCUUCUUUGGGAGAGAUCAUGACAACAUGUGAGAAGAUCACUUGGCUUUUAGCAGAGGGCGAGAGGUGGCUAAAGCCUGAAUACAGAUCUUCUGGGAGAUCGAUGCUACACAAGAGAGCAAAAGUGGAAUUUUAUCCUCUAGGAGUAAUUGGGGCAAUUGUGUCCUGGAAUUAUCCCUUCCACAAUGUUUUCAACCCAAUGCUAGCUGCAGUCUUUUCAGGAAAUGCUGCAGUUAUAAAGGUUUCAGAGCAUGCAAGUUGGUCUGGGUGCUUUUAUUUCCGAAUCAUUCAAGCAGCUCUUGCAGCUGUAGGAGCGCCAGAUAAUUUGGUUCACAUAAUAACAGGAUUUGCAGAAACAGGACAGGCUCUUGUAUCUUCAGUUGACAAAAUCAUUUUUGUUGGAUCACCUGGAGUGGGCAAGAUGAUCAUGCAAAAAGCUGCAGAGAAUUUGAUACCUGUCACCCUGGAGCUUGGUGGAAAAGAUGCAUUUAUUGUGUGCGAGGAUGUAGAUGUACCUCAUGUAGUGCAAGUUGCAAUUAGAGGCGCUCUCCAGUCUAGUGGACAGAACUGUGCUGGUGCUGAAAGAUUCUAUGUUCACAAAGAUAUCUAUUCUACUUUUGUUGCUCAAAUAGUCAAACUUGUUAAAUCUAUUUCUGUUGGUCCACCACUAGCUGGCAAAUAUGAUAUGGGUGCAAUAUGUAUGCAAGAGCAUGCUGAAAAACUUCAAAAUCUUUUGAAUGAUGCUCUGGAGAAAGGGGCUGAAAUUGUUGGUCGAGGAAGCUUUGGCAAUUUGGGAGAAGAUGCAGUGGAUCAGUUCUUUCCUCCAACCGUUCUGGUGAAUGUUGAUCACUCGAUGAAACUGAUGCAAGAGGAGGCUUUUGGACCAAUCAUCCCCAUCAUGAAAUUCAGUUCUGAUGAAGAGGCUAUUAAACUUGCAAACGACUCGAAAUAUGGACUCGGUUGUGCUGUAUUUUCUGGCAACCAGAAGCGUUCCAUUGAAAUAGCUUCACAAUUGCAUUGUGGAGUAGCAGCAAUCAAUGAUUUUGCAUCGACCUAUAUGUGUCAGUCUUUGCCCUUUGGUGGUGUAAAGCACAGUGGAUUUGGACGAUUUGCGGGUGUGGAAGGUUUGCGAGCUUGCUGUCUUGUUAAGUCAGUAGUUGAGGAUAGGUGGUGGCCGUUCAUUAAAACAAAGAUCCCAAAGCCCAUCCAGUACCCUGUUGCGGAGAAUGGCUUCGAGUUCCAGGAAUCACUUGUUGAAGCUCUCUACGGCUUGAAUGUGUGGGAAAGACUGCGGGCACUGGUCAAUGUGUUGAAGAUCCUUUCAGAGCAGAGCUCUACUACCACUGCGAAGAAAGGGCGAUUAGAAGAUCCAUGAAAUUUGUAUGAUUUGCUUCUACUUUUUUUGUGGGUUUGGUUUUGCGGGAUCUUUUAAUCGCUAAAUUUGCUGCCUCUGCUGUGCUCUGAACAUCUUUUUUAUUCUGUUUUGAGGUAGCCGGGAUAGGUUUGCACCUGUGUUGCAUUGCGUUCUUGAGUACCAGAAUCUUGUCUCGUUUCCACUUAAUGCCUAGAUCUCUUAUAGGUUCAUCAUAUUGAGAUAAAUGGGAAAGAGAUGGCUAAUUUGGGAUA